GACGCCCACUUCCGGGCGGGCGUGGCGUGGCGUGGUCGGCGUGCGCAGCCCGCUCGCCGGUCCAUUCCGCCUCCGUCCGUCCAUCAGUCUGUCUGUGCGGAGCGUAGACCCCGCAGACCCGCCACACGCUCAGCCAGGCCGGAUCGGUGCGGCCCCCAUCAUGGGCUGGGGAGCCGGCGGGAGCUGCACCCCGCGCCCACCCAUCCGCCAGCAGCCGGCACCUGAAACCCGAGUGGUCGCUGUGGUCUUCCUCGGCCUCCUGCUGGACCUCCUGGCCUUCACCUUGCUGCUGCCCCUGCUACCUGCGCUGCUGGAGCGCCACGGCCGUGUGCAGGAUCCUCUGUAUGGCUCGUGGCAGCGCGGGGUGGACUGGUUUGCCGCAGCCAUUGGGACGCCAGCCGAGAAGAGGUACAACACCGUCCUGUUCGGAGGUCUGAUUGGCUCCGUCUUCUCCCUCCUGCAGUUCCUCUCGGCGCCCCUCACGGGGGCCGUCUCUGACUGCCUGGGGAGGCGCCCGGUGAUGCUGCUGUCCCUGGCAGGCCUGGCCACCUCGUAUGCCGUGUGGGCCGCUUCGAAGAGCUUUGCGGCCUUUCUGGUCUCCAGGAUGAUUGGGGGUAUCAGCAAGGGGAAUGUCAGCCUCUCCACCGCCAUUGUCGCCGACCUGGGCUCGUCUUCUGCCCGCAGCAGGGGCAUGGCAGUCAUCGGGGUGGCCUUCUCUUUGGCCUUCACGCUGGGCCCCAUGCUCGGCGCCUCCCUGCCCGUGGAGACGGCGCCCUGGUUGGCCCUGCUCUUCGCGGUCUCCGAUCUGCUGUUCAUCUCCUGCUUCCUGCCAGAGACGCUGCCCCCAGAGAAGCGGGCACCAUCCAUCACGCUGGGGUUCCGAGCUGCUGUUGACCUGCUCAGCCCCCUGGCCCUGCUCUGCUUCUCAGCCGUGGCACGUGGCCCGGACCCGCCCACCGGAGUCAGGCUGGGCAGCCUGCGCCUGCUGGGCCUGGUCUACUUCCUCUAUCUUUUCCUGUUCUCGGGCCUGGAGUUCACGCUGAGCUUCCUCGUGCACCAGCGCUUCCAGUUCAGCAGCCUAGAGCAGGGAAAGAUGUUCUUCUUCAUCGGCCUCACCAUGGCCACCAUCCAGGGCGCCUACGCCCGGCGCAUCAGCCCCGGCGGGGAGAUCGCAGCUGUGAAGCGGGCCAUCCUGCUGCUCGUCCCCGCCUUCCUCCUCAUCGGCUGGGGGCACACGCUGCCCGUGCUGGGCCUGGGGCUGCUGCUCUACUCCUUCGGUGAGUGGCCCUGCCCAGGCUGGCGGGGGUGCGGUCAGGGGCCGGCGGCCGGGAAUCCUGGAGGGUCGCACCCCUGCCGGCCCCUCCUCCAGGCUGACGGGCGCCUCCCUGAUGUCCCCCACCAGCCGCUGCCAUCGUGGUGCCCUGCCUGUCCUCCGUGGUCGCCGGCUACGGCUCUCCUGGGCAGAAGGGCGUGGUCAUGGGCACGCUGCGGAGCCUGGGCGCCCUGGCCAGGGCUCUGGGGCCCACGGUUGCCGCCUCAGUGUACUGGCUGGCCGGGGCCCGGGUCUGCUACACCGUGUGCGCGGGGCUCUUCCUGCUUCCCUUCUCCCUCCUGCGGAAGCUGAGGCCUCCGGCAGGGACGCUCAAGGCCGAGUAGCUGAGCCACCCCUACCCCAGAGCCGGGCAGCUGACGCAGGGAGUGGGAGGCCUGAGCCAGGACGGCUCCCCGCUGCCUGCCUGACCCCUCGCUCCCCGCACCCCAGCCCGGGGCUCAGCCCAGGGAGGCCCAGGACUCGCACUUGUGCCUGUGACACUCCUGUGUGGACCUGCCUGCCGGGAUCAGACUCCAAAACCUUCCAGGCUUUCUGUUCACUUGUCUUUUAUAUUCAGCGACACACAGGGUAUAUCAGCCAGGUCUCUGAAUGACCAAAUAAAGCAGCUGUUUUAUAUCAA